AUGUCUGCGUCCCGCAAAUCAUCUAUACCUAACGCUGGAGCAAGAGAAGUGUACUUUGGACAAGAAGUCGUCAACCGAGUGUCCUUCUUGAGAGAAGACCUGGAUUUUGUAUCCAAUGCUGUCGUUCAUCCAUCUACAAGGUUUAUUUUCUAUUGGAAGGGUGAUCCUUUGGUGAAUAAGGCUGCUCCCAAGGAGAAAUUGAUCGUACUCACCAAUGGCGAUAAUCAGCUUCUUCAUGAAAAUACCGCCGGUACAAAGAAAGGCCUCUUUGCAACUGAAGAAUGGAAAAAGGUAGUUGAACGCUGGAGCGUUGACAACAAGGAUCAGUUGCCAACCUUGCGAGACAAGGGCAAGCCGACGUUUCUCUUCUUAGGUAUGAGGGACGAGAGUGUGGGCCUCGAUUUACAUCAACUCAAAUGCGAGGAGCCAGAGUGCUACCUUGAUCAUCAAGGCCGCUAUUUUGGAAUUCCUUUCUUUGGCGUUGACUUGACCAAUUCCCCCGAAGUUGCCGAUCUAGUGAAGCAACAUAUCUUAGAUUCUGAGUCAUCAGUGUCGAAAGAUGACUUGAUCUUUUCCUACUCGAGAAAGCACACAAUGGGAUUCACCGGCGUCGAGUCAUCAUUAUUUAGCCAUGGUAAGAUGUACUUUGACUGGCUUGGAAGGAAUCGUUUCUGUCCUGGCUGCGGCUCGAAAGUGAUUCCAAUUCAUGCUGGAGGCAAACUCAAGUGUACCAACGAAGAGACAGUUGGUGAGGGAGACAACAAAAAGUAUGUCUGUCCUGUCAGGAAUACGAGGGUUUCUAACGUGUCGUUCCCUCGUACUGAUGCUGUUGUCAUCACAGCAAUCACGAACAGAGAAAAGAGCAAGAUUCUUUUAUCUCUCAACAAGAGAUACGCUUACUCCAAGAUGUAUUCGUGUACAGCCGGCUUUAUGGAACCAUCCGAAACCGUUGAAGUUGCAGCUAAGAGAGAGAUCUGGGAAGAGACGGGUGUGGUGUGCAGUGAUAUCAGGAUCCAGAUGACUCAGCCAUGGCCAUUCCCUGGUAAUCUCAUGAUUGGGUGUAUCGCUACAGUCGAUUUCAAUGGUGAAAACGAGGUUAUCCAGUUAGAUCACGACCAAGAGCUUGCUGAUGCCCGUUGGUUUGAUAUUUCAUUCGUCAAAAAGCUCAUUGACGACAUAGAGGACGAAGAAACUUUGUCCGAGGGCAUUAUUUUGCCAACAGACGUGUCAGUUGCGUAUCACUUGAUCAAGGAAGUGGUUGAAAAGAACGAGCUGAAGCUCUAG